ACAUAUCUGCUUCAAUCUCCUAUUCUUUCCUCUCUCUCUCUCUCUCUCUCUCCUCAUAGGCUGCAGAGUUUUUAAGAGUGAGAGAGAGAAUCAUAUUUAUUACAUAUGAGCCUGUAAAGAACUGGUUUUCCUUGCCUUCUUCUAUUUUAUCUCCAUCUGUGUUCUCUCUUUAGAAAAAAAGAUUAAGGAACCAAAGACAGUUCAAAAGUACCAAACUUUGUCCAACCUCCAACCUCCAAUCUCUAUAAUUCAUUUCUUUUUAGGACAGCCCAAAAGAGAAGCACCCAUUUUCUCCAAACCUCCAGAUCUGUCUGUCUGUUAGAAAAAAAAAAACUGUCUUGUAUUUUCUCAUUUCCUCAAAAUUUGUUCUUUAAAAUGAGAGACAUAGUUUCUUGUUUCAGCGAAAACGCAGUAAGUGUGUCUAAUCCUUCAUGUUCAAGCUAUUCAAACGCAGCUUGUAUUAAUCCAAGCCUAAUCCCUUCAGUCCAAAACUCAGUCACUUGUGUUUACAAAAUCACCCUCUCCACCCAAAAGCAAAUCUUGGUCACAGCCACAUGGUGCAAGAACAAUUCUUCUCAAGGCCUGAGCAUGAACUUUGGCGAUGAACCAUCAUCCACACCACCCUUCAGACUCAACACGAAUUCAAGGCUAUUCAGGAAGAAGAAAGGGAGCAAAUUGAUGGAAUCUAAUAACUCAAACAUUGAAGUCUUCUGGGAUCUUUCUAAUGCAAAGUAUGACACAGGGCCUGAACCUGUUGAUGGGUUUUAUGUGCUUGUCAUGGUUGAUUCAGAAAUAGGCCUAAUUCUAGGUGAUAUGGCUGAAGAAGCUGUGACCAAGAGGUUCAAAACCGCUACUUCUCUUGCAAAAGUCUCACUCAUUUCAAGGAGAGAGCAUUGCUCAGGCAACACUGUCUAUUCCACCAAGGCUCAGUUCUGUGACACUGGCAUUGUACAUGACAUUUUGAUAAGGUGCAGUGGAGAAAAUGAUGGCUUAAGGUCACCAGUUUUAUCUGUCAGCAUCGAUAAAAAGACAGUGAUUCGUGUAAAGAGGCUGCAGUGGAAUUUUAGAGGCAAUCAGAUCAUAUUUGUGGAUAAUUUGCUGGUUGAUCUGAUGUGGGAUGUGCACGACUGGUUCUUUAGUCCUGCAUCUGGUUAUGCAGUGUUCAUGUUCAGAACAAGAAGUGGAAUGGAUAGCAGGCUGUGGUUGGAGGAGAAGUUGGUACAGAAAGACCAAGACAGAGUUGAGUUCUCCUUGUUGAUCUAUGCCUGUAAGAACCAAUAAAGAAACUUAUUCUUUUUUUCCCUUUUGCUUUUGUUUUCAUUUUUUUUAAAGACUUCCUCUUCGGUUUUUAUGUUUCAAU